AUGGUUUUGUGCUCCAUUUGUGGAAGAAAAAAAGAGGAGAAAUUAUAUACAAUUUUAUUGGAUAGAUAUAGAAAAACUUACCUUGAAUUGAAGAGAGUGGAAGAGAAAAGAUAAUUUCUAAAGAAAAAUUAUAAAGAGUAUUGUCAUUUAGGAUGCAUAGUGUUUUUUCUAUAGAAUGUUCAAAUAAUUUAGGAGAAAUAUUAUCUAGCUAAAGAUAAAUGCGUUACAGACUAUAUAUUUUUUGGAUUGGAUUCUAUACACAAAAGCAAACAACUUAUAGAUUGUUCUAUUUGCGAUUAAGGUUUAAAUAAUGUGUAAGCUCCUCAAAAGAAGGCUUCCAUUAAUUGUUCGCAUCAUAAAUGCAAAAUGCUAUAUCACAUCGAUUGCAUCAUUUAAGUUAAAAAAAGAAUAACCUGCACGAAAGCAAGGAUCAAUUUCUACUGUAAUUAGCAUUUUGAUAAAAAUGAACUAUAAGCUGAUUGGAACUAAUGGGAAUCUAUAGCGUAUAAUUUAGUCCAAGAAAAUAUCCAUAUCAAAUAAGAAGAGGCUUUUAGAGGGGAAAUCAAAUACUUAAUUGUCUCAGUUGAUGAUCCAUUUUAGACAAUAGGAGAAAAACUAGAUUAAAAUUCCUUUAAAAGAUUGGAUGAAGAUUUAACUAAAAAGUUGAAAGUUUAAAAAAAAGAAACAAAGGUUGAAUAGGAAAAAAAGAGAUAGAAAUUUUGGGAUAUAAGCAAAGAUUUUAAAUCCUAGUAUGAGUUUGGUCCAAGACCAAUGUUUUAAAUUGAUUACCAAGCGAAAAAAAAGGAAGAGAUGUUAGUUGCGGUAGAUGAAGAGGAAUAAUAAUAAUAACCGAUUAAAAAAGCGAUUAUGGAAGAAAUCAUCAUAACAGAUGAUGGUAUCGAAAUUAAUAAGAUAGAAAAACCAAAAAAAAAGGCUAAGCCUGUUUAAAAAGUGUAAGAAUCAAAUGUGAAAGUUAAUAACACUUAUUCAAAAAUCAAAACAGAAUAAAUAGAAAUUGAUAAGGAAGAACAAAAGACGUAUUAAUAAACUUAAGAAAAUGGUGAUGUUUCACUUGAUUAGCUACUGAGUUUUGUUAGAGAAAAGAAAAGUAGUAUCCCAACUAUUCCAAAUUAUUUUGAGUAAAGAAACUAAUAUAGAGAGGUUGUAGAAAAGUAAAAAAACAAUAAAGAAUAACAAGAAAAAGAUGAAAUGAGAGAAUUAAAUGAAAUGUAAUAAUUGCUUAAAAAAAAAAUGGAACUAUCUGAUAAAAGAGCAGGAAUAUUAAAUGAAAAUAAUUAACAAGUGUCAUCUUUGAACUCUUAAUUUAAAAAUAAUACUAAUGAAAUACAUAACAAUGGUAAUAAUCAUAAAAGCGCUACUACUAAUUUUAAUAGUAAUUCUACUAAUUAUAAAUCUAAUGAUAAUGGUGUUAUUAAUCAAAAUAGUAAUAUUAAUUGCUGUAUUAUUAGCAAUAAUAACAACCCUAUUAAUAAUAAUGAUUAAGAAGGAUAAAAAAAGGUUUUACUUUAAAAAGAGCCUUUGAAAUAAAAACAAAUACCUAAUGCUGAUAUGAUUGAAAAUGAUAAACAGAAUUCUAAAUUAACCAAAGUUGAUGAUUAUUCAAGUAUGUCUGCUUCAGAAUUGUUAAAUUUUUUAUUAAAAAAUUAAUAAUAACAAAAUAGAACAAAAAAUCGUAGAAAAAAUGAAACAACAAGAGCCCUUUAAGCAUAACAUGAAAUCAUUUAUUAUCCAUAAUCUGACGAAGCAUGGGAAGAAAAUCUGGAAGGAUGGUGGAAUAAGGUUGAGGAAACAUAUUUUAAUCCAAAAUAGGAUAUCUACUCAACAAUAGAAAAAUUUAAGAAGACUAAAGAUUCUGAUAAACAAUUUCAAGAAAAUUUGAAAGUGCUUUUUGAGAUUAGAAAUGGAAACAUUAUGUACGCUGAAUAUAGCUUAUAGGAUGAUGAAUUAUAUGAGCCAAAACUACAAGAGGAUUAAGAAUACAAUUUUAAAUUCUAAAUGUUUAAAAUAAAUUUUAUACUUCGGAAGGAGAUGAAGAUAUUUAUGACAGAAAACUUAACAGUUAUAGAACCAUAGAGGUAAUCAGAAAAUUCUGUUUUCGAUUAAUUUUCAAACGACAAAGAUAGUUAAGUAUAUGUGGAUUAUUAUUUUGAAAAAUAUUACGAAAAUGAACUCGAAAAAUUGAAAUUUCAAAAUUAAAUAGACAUUAACUAUUUGAAUUAGUAAUCUAUUAAGGAGAAAGCAAAAAUUUCUAUUAGCAAGCAAGGACAUGUUUAAUUAGACAAGUUGCGAUAUUAUUAAUUAUUGAAAAACACAAAGUUGGGGAUGAAACAAAUAACAGAUGAAGAACAUUAAAUGAGUAUAAAAAAAAAGAUAGAUCUUUUAAGUAGUUUAAGAACAGAUAAUUUUUUUGGUAAAUGCAAUCCUUCUUAAUUAAAAUAAGGCUAAAAGGAUGAAUUAGCAAGAGAGACAUGUUGUAAAGUCUGUUUUAACUAUCAAUUAAUUUAAUUAGAUAGUAAUAAUGAUUUAUCAUACUGUGGUACUUGUUUAGCAACUUUUCAUAAACAUUGUUACAACACAACAGAUUAGUUUGAAAAUUGUGAUCAGUGCAAAUCAUAAAACAAUUCAUAGGUCUGCUAUAUUUGCCAAAAAUGCUAUACAGGAAUACCUCUGAGAGAGAUUGAAUAAUAUUGGGUUCAUAUCACUUGUGCAUUACUAUGUGGAUUAUUAGAAUUUAAUUAAACAUAAUUUAAACUGAAAAAAGGCAUCAUAUAAUAAUCUUAAAGUCCAUGUAUGAUUUGUGAAGAAAAAAUUGGUGUUUAAUUGUCAUGUAAGGAAUGCGAUAAGUAAAUGCAUUUGUUUUGUGCCUUUUUAUGGGGGUUUGAAAUUACUAUACAAACCGAACCAGAUUGUCUUGAUCCUUAUAUAUCAACUUAUUUCUUGUGCCCUAAACAUUUUGAAUAUAGCGAAAAAGAUAUUCUAAAGCAAACAUACUAUAGAUAGCAUGGAAUUAAUUUUAAUUAAGCAGGAUGCUUUGAAACAUUAGAAAAUUUCAUAAAAUGUAAAUUGAUUGCACAUUAGAAAGUAAUAAAUAGAAUUCAGAAUAUGCUCUAAAUAUGA